AUGAAUGGGAUUGCAAAGAGUGGUGUGAAUGGUAAGACUCAUGCGAAUGGUGAGAUUGUUCAUAAUGGUGAGAGUGUUCGGGCUCGUUUGGAGCAAAUGGUCCGAAAGACGGAUGAAAAGAACGCGAAGAGCUUAGCGAGAUUGAGUGUUUUGCCGGCUCGUAAGGUUGACCCCACAUAUCAUAUGGAAGUCGCUAUGGGUAGAGGGAGAGGCCGGGGAGGUGGCGGUCGAGGUGGCGGUGGCGGUGGAGGUGGACGUGGCCGCGCACAUGGAGCGGCGGUGGUGGUGCCUGGUGGGCGUGGCCGUGGACGCGGCCGUGGGCGCGGCCGUGGCGCUGGACGUGGGCCCAGGCGUGGCGCUGACCCUGGAGAUGAUCCCCUGUUGGAGAAUGAUUAUCUGAGGUUUGAGGAGGGGAGCGAGGCUUAUCAUGCAAUAUAA